AUCAAAUUUGAAAAUGCGAUUUUGGUAUAUUUGUACACAUAUUUGACACCCUGAAGGAUCGUCGAUCACAAGGAAUGAUUGUAUCGCAUACCAUCUUAAUCCUCCUCAUAUAUCACUCAUUUCGUGCUUCAUCAAAGGUCGAGUUUGUCUGAAUAAGGAUGGAGAGAUUUGAGGUUUAUAUCUUCACAGCUCUGUGCAGCGUCAACUUUCUCAUUUCAUGCCUGCUGUUCUCCAAAAUCACACGGGAACAAAGAGACCCGUACAUGGAUGAAAUAUUCCACGUCCCUCAGGCACAGAAAUACUGUGAAGGGAAGUUUACUGAGUGGGACCCAAUGAUCACCACUCUCCCUGGACUGUAUUUGGCAUCGGUGGGUCUGAUCAGGCCGGUGGUCUGGCUGGCAGAUCUGAAGGGUAGAGUGGUCUGUUCUACUGCCAUGCUGAGAUUCAUCAAUCUGCUCUUUAAUAGUGGGAAUCUGUACAUUCUCUAUCUGAUCAUCUGCAAGCUGCACAUGAAAGAUAAGUCUCGCUCUGCCAGUCGUAGAAUGUUAUCCGCUCUGGUUCUCUCCACGUUCCCUGUGCUCUACUUCUUCACGUUCCUCUAUUACACUGAUUCCGGCUCCACGUUUUUCACCCUCUUUAUGUACCUCAUGGCUCUGUACGGGUGCCAUAAAGUUGCAGCGCUUCUGGGCAUCUGUGCUGUGCUUUUCCGCCAGACCAACAUCAUCUGGGUGGCGUUUUGUGCCAGCAUGGUCGUGGCUCAAAAAUUGGAUGAGACCUGGAGGACUGACCAAUCGAAGAAGAGAGAUGAAAAAUUACCUUCUCAGGUCCCUCUAACCAUCAACGGGGCAAUCAGAGUGAUGCGUUUCUUGUUGGAUUUCCUCAUAUCGCCAAACAAUAUAAAAGCUGUGGUCUUGUCAACAUGGCCGUACAUCGCUGUAGCCUUUGGCUUUGCGUUUUUUGUGGUGUUAAACGAAGGGAUUGUUGUUGGCGAUCGUAGCAGUCACGAAGCUUGUCUGAACUUUCCUCAGUUUUUCUAUUUUCUGUCAUUCACGCUGAUUUUUUCGCUUUCUACCUCACUGAGCUACCAAAGAGCGGUCCGAUUUUUACAGGCUUUAAAAAAGCAGCCUUUAGUUUAUUCAUUUCUCAUGCUGACCUUUCUGUUUUUGAUUUGGAAAUUCACAUUUGUUCAUAAAUACUUGCUUGCGGACAACCGACACUUUCCAUUUUAUGUUUGGAAAAACAUUUUCCGGAGACACGACGCUGUCCGUUACCUGUUAGUCCCUGGAUACGUGUUCGCCAUGUGGAACUUUCUGGAUACCUUGAGGUCCAAGUCUUUGUUUUGGUGUCUGGCGUUUUGUGCUUGUCUUGUGGCAGCUACCGUUCCUCAGAAACUGCUGGAGUUUCGAUAUUUUAUCAUUCCCUAUCUGUUAUAUCGCGUUAAUAUCUCUGUGCCAUCUUUACCAAGACUGUUUCUUGAGUUUAGUCUCUAUACAGCGGUAAACGCAGCUACUGUGUACAUCUUCAUCUACAAAACCUUUCAGUGGCCUAACAAUACGGCUGUGCAGAGAUUCAUGUGGUGACGGUCAUAAUGAAUUCCUUGUACGUUCAUAUUCUAUCAACAACACUGUAAACAAAAUGGUUAAUUAACUUUACUUAAACUGAGUAAACCUGUUGCUUUUUUUAUUGGCUAGUUGACUGUACUUAAAAUAAGUGAGUAGACCCGUUGCUAAGUAAAUGAAGUUAACAAACUAUGUGCUUGAUUAUAAAAAAUUAAGUUAAAUCAACUUAACAGUUCCAAAUUACAAUGAAUUUACUCACUUUUUAAAGUUAAGUCAACUUGUCGCUUCUAAGGCAGCGGUUUAAUGAUGUGAUGGUUUCACCAUUUAUCGGUAAUUAAAAAAAUGUGCUAUAUUUAAAAAAUAUGAUGCAACAAUAUUGCAGUACCGCUGAGCCAUAUUCCAGCAUUGACUUGCUGUUGAUUUCAGUUAUUUUUGUUUGUUUUGUUUAAACUAUUUGUGUUGUCAUGUGUAAUUGUUGGUGUUUCAUAAUUUUUGUUUUAAAUUAGUAUGUAUCUAAAAGCAUAGAUCGCUUAAAUCAGUGUUUCUCAACCACUUUCCUGGAAGACCACCAACACUGCAUGUUUUGGAUGUCUCCUCUGUCCAUCACAUCCGUCACAGCUCUUUCAGUCUCUGCUAAUGAGCUGAUGAUCUGCAUCAGGUGUGUUUGAUUAAGGAGGCAUGAAAUAUGUGCAGAGCUGGAGGUCCUCCAGUAACGUGGUUGAGAAGCACUGACUUAAAUAAUUAGUUUCUCUGGAUUUCUUCAAAUUUAUAUGUUUGAGUAAAAUGUUAUUUUAUAUUAAUUCUGAAAAUGUUUGAUGACAUUUCUUUCAAAUGUAAAAUAAUAAAAAAAAAAUUUAUUUAGACUAGA